GAUUUUUCCAGAUGAUUUAGGGGACCUACCGCGACGUCCAGAGAAACGGAGCAAUCGAAGUCGGGGAAGAGAAGAGCAAGAGCUGCACAGAGAGAAUACCAAAAAUGUCGUUCUUUAAGUCAGUUUUGGAUCCAAAGAAGAGCCGAUUGGCAGCUAUGCACAUGAAUUCCGUCUCCAGUCGCCUCCGCAAAUACGGCCUUCGAUACGACGAUCUGUACGAUCCCUACUACGAUGUGGACAUCAAGGAGGCGCUCAAUCGGCUUCCCAGGGAGAUCGUCGAUGCGCGCAACCAGCGUCUCAAGCGCGCCAUGGACCUCUCCAUGAAGCACGAGUACCUUCCCGAGGAUCUUCAGGCCAAGCAGACACCAUUCAGGGGCUACCUGCAAGAGAUGCUGGCUCUUGUGAAGAAGGAGAGAGAAGAACGGGAGGCAUUGGGAGCUUUGCCUCUGUAUCAACGCACCAUUCCCUGAGCAUGCUAUUACAUCCAGAAAAAGAGAUGGACUUGAUCUGUUCAAUUAGUUGGGUUGCCAUAGUCAUUGGUUGUUUUGCUAGGUGAUUUUCUGGUGGCAAUUUUCAAAUAAAUAUGUAUAACCUGAACUCCACUUCAUGUGCAACUGCAAAUCUAGAACAAGCAGUUGAAAUUUAGGGAGUUUCCCCUGUUAUUUGCUUUACCCUAAUAUAUAUUAUGGUUGUUGAACCUGAACUCCAUUUUUUCAU